UUCGAAGAUUCAACCCGACAUACUUCUACUUCCGAUAUGUCGAAACCUGCACUGAUACACAAACGUGAAUGGUCAAAUAUUGGUAUUAAAUUUCUUGCAUAAUUUAUACCAUUCUUUGUUCCACUUUUCAAAGGAAUUUUAAGCGCAGAAUGGGCAAGGCGACGCUCACAAAUACAAAAAUAAAGAAAUUCUAUAUAUCUGCAAAUAAAGGCAAGCGUUUUACCUACCCGAAAGCAAAUUAUAAGCAAGAAAAUAUCUUCGAAUAUGAUGAAACUUUUUAAAGCCCCAUAGUUACAACAUUCUUGGAAAAUACCAGUCACCCGGUCGAGGACUAGGGCGAGAAGAAGGCCGAAAUUUGUUUCAAAAUGGCGGUCAAUUCCGAGCGGGAAAUUCAAAGCAGUUUUAGUGAAAAUAUACGCGCUGUGGAAGGGGAAGGUUGUGAGGAAGAGACAGCAGGGACGUUUGAUCGUGUAAAAGAUAUAUUGGCGAAGUGUAUGGAGAAAUGCCUUACCCCUACUAGGUAAAAAUUGUUUUUGAAAAUGACAAAGGAGUGAAGAUUAAAUAUAGUUUUGCAUAUUGGUGGGUUUAAUCGCUCGCUAAGUACUUAAUAUCGUGCAGGACAUGAUGGUCAAUCUGCAGUCAACGUAGUAGUCUUGUAAAAGUUCAAAAAUACUGUACCAUACUUUGAGCCCUUGACGUCAUAACUCACAUUUGUUAAUUGUCAUUUACCUGUUUGUAGGUUUGAGAAUAUUUCUUCCUGUCUAGCAGAAGUAAAAGAGAAAAACCCAACAGUCUUUGACAACAUUGUACCGCAACUUAUUGAGCAUUUACAAGUUAACGUCAAGGUGAAAUCAAGUAAAAUUAUAAUCAAAUAUUAGAUUGAAAUUUACAUUGAACUAUUUUUACAUCAUAGAAAUUAUUUUUACUCACUUCGCUUUGUGAAACGAUUUUAGCAAGAGCUCGAGCUGAUGUUCCAACAAGAAAAUCUGAUCUCACUUGGUUGCCAACUGGAUGAAAUCACAAAAACAUCAACACGCACAGAAGCAGCAUGGUAACAAGCUCAAUACAAACCCCUAUCCUAAUUCUUGGCUCGUGGGAUAGUGAAGUAGAUAGUCAUCCAAAUAUUUUAUUUUUCUGUCAAGGAGACCCUCUGGCAUACCCAGUGAAGACAUCAAGGAUCAUAUCACGUCAGUCAAGUUAGAAUUCCGAGAUCAACUUCGAGAAAAACUGAAACAGGUAUUUAUAGAAUACCCUACAAUUGAGAUGCAGUGACUGCUGUUUGAAGCAUCUGACUUCCAUGAGGUUUAUGGUUUCACAUUUUAACCGUUUUAGCUUCAAAAUGAAAAUGAAGUGUUGAAAAACAAGUUGAUGUCAACAACAACAGAAAUAACGGAAACAGAGCAGAGGAUCAUCGAGAAACACAACCAACUACAAACGGUACAUAUACAGUUAAAUUUCUAUUUCUUUCUAAAUUGUUCUUCACUUCUGACUGGAGUUCAAUUCCCACAAUAGACAGUUGUCUCAUUAUACUGUAGUUUCAGCUCAGUCGCAUGUGAGAGGAGCGCUCCAGUUAUAACAAGUAGUCCAGGUUUUCUCUGGGUUUAAUCUACUCUAUUAAUACUGGACCGAUAAGUGGUAGUCUAGGGAGAAACGUUGAUAGAGCUAUCCAGUAUAAAUAGAGUUAGUUCAGUUUAUUACUGUUAAAUUGUUCUUUCAUUUAUUCCAGGUUACAACGGCUUGUGAUUCGAUAACUGCUUGCAACAAUAAUAACGACAGCAAAUACUCAUUGGAAAAUAUUAUUAAAGAACUCGAAAGAUAAAACCCACAAAAUAUAUUAGAACAAUCCAGCUUUCUUCACAAAAAAACAAAUUUUUGACUUUUGGGACAAAGUGUGGAAUGCAAAAUAUACCAUCAGCUUACAAAAUUGGAUGUAACUUUUCAGAUCUGUUACAAAAUGUCAGAGAUUUGAUGCGCCGAGUGCAUUUACUGUUUUAUGAUGUUCACAGUUUGAAACUAUUAUUUAGCUGUCUAUGUAACCUAAUUCCAAAGGAUCUCAGCAUUUUACCAGUAAUCACGAAUUUCCUGUGAACUUGUUACCUCAACGAACUGGCCUUCUGCACGACGCUUCGUAAAAACAGCAUACCACAAUCACAGAUUGCAUAUUCUGAACAAAUACACUGUAUUUAGUACCAUGUAGCUCUACUUUUGAUUCCUAUACUAUGUUUUAGUCAGGAAAGAGAAUAGACUAUUUCCUCCAGUACUAAAAGAAAAAAAUAAUUUCAUUACAACUUAUUGUGUUUCUCUUGGCAACUCUCUGUAAUGUGAAUGGUGUAUUUUCGGUCGUUGUGCCUACAAGGAUAAACAUGCAGG